AUGGAUUAUUCGAUAGACAAAGACGAGUUCUGGCAGAUCUGCGCUACUGACGCAGCAGCUGCGGGAACUUACACCGAAGACCCACGCUCCCCAAGCGAUUUCUUAGACCAGUAUGUGGUCACGGACGGGGCAGACUCGGGCAGCCUGGGUGCAAACUUCUUCAUGCCGCUGCAAGUGGGACAAGGAGAGGACGAUUUCUCGCCACCCACAUCGUCUGUCACCGAGGCCAUCACCAGCGCCUCCUCCACCAACGGUUCUGCAGCAGAUGUAUCGCGAACGACGUCGAAUUUCUCGGUUGAGGAGACAUUAAAAGCGAUUUCAUUAGCUGAAACCACCCACUACCAGCCGCUCCGGGGCAGACUCCCAGAGCGAGCCAGCGGCACCGACAGCGAGACCACACACCACGCCGUACUAGGGCCUCUUAACUCCGACGACGUCGAACAAAGGCGGCGGCUCCUGAGUGGUCGGCGCGGGCAAGAACAAGCCGCGGGUGGCUCGAUUACAGACUCAGAGCUGCUCCAGCUCGAAGGUCUAUCGGUGAACUCGCCCCGUAAACUGGGACCUCGCCAGACAUCUGGUCCCUCUGUCCCACCCACGCCGCCGCCGCUGCAGGACUAUGUCCCAACCACGACGGCUUAUGACAUCGCCGGGAUAACUGCGAACAUUGACCUGGACCAGCUGGCGCAGAACACCCGGAAUCACAAGUCGUCGAGGUGGCUUGAGACGAAAUACUCCAAUCUCAAGAAGGCUGUCGGAGGGCUAGUGCGAGGGCCCCAGCAGCAGCAGCAACAACAGCACCAACAACAGCAGCCACCACCACCACAGCAGCAGCAGCAGCAGCACCCGAGCACAGCCCCCAUCCCGCAGACCAUGACGCCCUCACACGUCGAGUCAGCCAAGAAGGCCACGAGGAGGCUGGCUUCGGAGAGCCAGGCGGCUCCUUUCAACUGGGAUAGUCUCCCUAUUUCGCCACCGUUGACAGACUCAAACAACCUGCAACCAAGUGACGCGGCAACUUUUGGGAACGGAUACCUCGAUGACCCCUUCUUCGACCCUGCUGCAUCCUUUACUCACGCGGUCGGUCUCGCUCCUGCGGCCCAGAUCAUCGGCAUGGGCAACGUCCAGAAUUGCAACAACCCCAACACGCCCUCUCACACUCCCGACAUGGAGACCGACCAUGCAAUGGACGAUGAGCUCACGAAGUUCUUCACCCCGAGCCACACUUGGAACCUGGACAACAGCUUCGGCUCGACGACUGGCAUGGACACAUCGUUCGGGUCUGUCUCAUGGGGCUUCGACCCGUUAUCAGACAGCGGCAGCAACCUCGACUGGCCGGCAGCGCCCGCAGACGACAGCCAUACCUCGACACGCAACCACCACAACCUCACCAUCCAGGUGCCACCACCAUACGUACAAGACAACCGCCACCACCACGCCCCGCUGUCGGAUGACCUCGCCACCAGCGGCCUGAUGAUCCACAUGCCGCAGCCGCGGACACCAGCAACCGCGCCGCUGUUGUCGUCAAGCGUGCCGCCGAUGCACCACCCGCAGCCGCCGCAGCAACAGCAACAGCAUAUCCCACAAUACCCAUUCCCAGAGCAGACGACGCCGCAACACAACAUGCACUCCUUCCGAGGGCCUUACACGGACCACGGGCACUACGGCGGGACGCAGCGGCGGCCGAAGCCGCGCGCCCCGUCCAGCGGCGCCAGGUACCACCAGAUGGGGCCGGCGGGGCCGGCGUCGAUCUCGCCGCGCAAGACGCGCCAGCCGAGCUGCUCGUCGUCGUCGCCCAGCCCGACGCCCGGGGGCCGGCGGUCGCGGUCGGCGGGGCGGCGGGCCAGCCUGACACACCGGGCGUCGGCGAGCGACAUCACGACGGUGCCGACGACGACGACGGACACGCAGACGCACGCGGUCCGCAAGCAGCGCAGCAUGUCAUCGUGGCGCAGGCAGAAGCGCACGACGUCGACGUCGUCGUCGGCGGACGGGUCCGGCGGCGGGGGAGGUGGAGGAGUUGGCGGUGGUGGCGGUGGCGGGUUCGUGAACUACACGCCUAACGACCACGGGGUCCUCAUGACCGGGGUGGCGCCGAGCGGCAGCUCCAAGACCAAGGCGCGGCGCGAGAAGGAGGCGAUAGAGAGGCAGAGGAAGCUCCUCGCUGAGGUGGGGGUUGAUGUGGACCGGCUGAAGCAGGAGGGUAUUGUCAUCUGA